UGAGAUUUUAGUUGGCAACAUUUCCACGCGAGAUUCGCACUUGAACUCUUCAUUAGCAGUGAAACUCGUUCCUCAAAUACACGCGAAUCGAUGGUUAGGGAAACGCUUUUUACUAACGUUAUCAACGCUUCUUAUUUUGUUGUUGGUGUUGUUACAGUGGCCUCGCGGUCGUGUACACUUUAAAAUGUAAUUUUUACGGUGGUCCUCGGGUGCUACCAGCACAAUGAGAACAAUAAUUUAUUGGUUGCUACUUAUUCCUACUAGUUUACCGUUUGCUAUCAAUCACAAUGAUAUCCCCAGAAGAGUUUUUGAUGUGACGGCUACCCCGACCGAGCAGAUUUUCGUGAAGGCUUAUCACAACCAGUCCUUGCCUUGUCCAGGUGCCAACGAGCAAUCGCUAGUGUACGCCCUCGAAUGGUUCUCUUUGUCGCAAAACAAAGUGAUUUUAGAUUACUCGAAAAGUUCUCUAACCGUGUACACUGAACAACACCGUAUAUCAUUAGCUAAGGACUACGGGAUGACCAUCCAUCCAGUCCUAGCAUCUGACACGGGGGAUUACAUCUGCCUCAUCAACAACCGUCUACAACCGGAUGGAGUCGUCCAACUGAGAGUCUUAGACGUUCCGGAUCCUCCUGGCCGCCCUCUUAUUGUCAGUUUCACUUCACGUACCGCGGACUUAUCAUGGGCGUCACCACAGAACAAUCAUUACAGUGCAAUCAAGUAUUACAUCAUUCAUAGCCGUCUGGCCGUGUUAGCAGAAGAAGGGAUAUCAGCGAGCCUCGACGACUUGUCUGCCCGGAUCCGGAGAAAUACUCUUGGUUGCGCUGGCCUGGUGGAUAAUCAUAUCUCUUUAAACUAAUUUCAUAUUCAAUUAUUAUUGCUUGUAUUGUUUUCUGAGUUAUUGUGAAUAUUGUGAAUUAAUUAUUAAAUCUCAUAAUUUGUAAA